GCCUGUGUGUGUGAUAUCGGUAUCGGUCGGUGUAAAUUUUCGUGAGGUGUAUGCCGGCUAAAGUGUGUUUUAUAUUACUUUUAAAGAAAACAGUGAUAUCAUAAGUAAAAGUCGUCAAUUUUGCUGCUAUCACAAAUACUGGCUUGUGUCUUUAUACCUGACAUAUGUGGUUUAUUUUGCAGAUGUAAUGUGAUAAUGACAUGAAGUUUCUUGAGAGCAAAUCAAUAUGGCUCUCAAGCUUGGAAAAUGCAGGCUCUGCCUCAAGCUUGGCGACUUUUACUCCAUCUUCACAGUCGACAAUGCUUUACAGCUUGCGGAGAUGGCAAUGGAAUGCGCCCGGGUGAAAAUUUAUGAAGGGGAUGGGCUCCCUGACAAAGUAUGUUCGGAGUGCAUACAGAAACUAAGCAGUGCAUAUAUCUUCAAACAGCAGUGUGAAAGAUCUGAUCAGGAGUUACGCCGCAACUAUGUCCCACCACCAGGAUUUAGCAUCAGUCCCCCUCCACCAAACAGACAGAGCAGUGAUUCUGCCUUCUCAAAUCACACUGACACUUCCAACCUGACCAAACCUCCGUCUUCCAUUGAAGAAAAAGUAACUCCCACUAUAAGAAACAGGAAACGUAGUGUGGACAGUAUCGACAAUGGUUCCAUUGGCGGCGCGUCCAGUGACUACCGACCGGGUAGCUCCAAACGUGUUGAUGAACUAAGGAGAACCCAAAAGAGAAGAAGAAAACAGUCUGGCAAUGCUUCACAAUUAGAUUCAGAUUACGAUGACAACAGCGCCUCGUAUUUACCCGAAACAGAUUCCGACGAUUCCUCACAAAAAAAUAGUUUUAAGUGUGAUUAUUGUUCCAAACAAUUUCCGUCUGCUAGGAGUCUCAUAAAUCAUAAGAGAAUACACGAAAGGAAAGAAGCCAGUUUGGGCCAGAAUGCUGUCGUUAAUAUACCGGUAGAGACACAAGAUGCAGCUGAUGUAGAGGACAAACUGAACUGUGAUAAAUGUGGAAAGACCUUCAAGUUAAAGAUCAUGUUGAAGCGUCACGUAGACAUCUGUGAGAAGCCGGUGAGUCGAUCUAAAUCUCCGCAGAAAGAGUUACUGGUGUCCUUACAACCAAUCGACGGUAUGACUAAUCGGAACAUUGUCUGCGAAAUGUGUUCUGCCAAGUUCAAGACAACUGACAACUUGGCAAAACAUAUGAAGGUAGUCCAUGCUGCACUUUUGAAAAGGGAAGAGAAGCCAAGGGAAAAAGUCGCUGUUCCAUGUCUUUACUGCAGCCAACUAUUCGAUGAUUAUUAUGUUCAUUCUGCACAUUUCAAUUCAUGUUCUAAGAAGGACGAUACCAAGCCCUACGAAUGUCCUGUUUGUAAGAAAGUGGCGACGAGGAAGACCUCGUAUUUCCAACAUAUAAAGAACAUGCACUUUGAACCCAGAAUGUCGCACGCGAAGACUUCGGUGGAGCCAGAAACUCAGGAGUGUCAUGAGUGCAGGAUGUGUUCCAAGAAGCUACCUUCACAAGAGAUGUUGAUCCAGCAUUUAGCGGCGCAUAUGUCGCAUAUCGAUGAGAAUGAUGGCGCCGACAAUGAAUCGAGGGCAAGCACGAUAGAAGAUUCUAUGUCUGUUCAUUCACUACACAGCCAGACGCAUACUCCUAAUCCUACUAACUCGCUUAAAUGUUCGAUGUGUGAUAAAGAGUUCAAAUACAAGAAAUCACUGGCGUCUCAUGAAGCGCGAUGUCAUUCUGAAGUACCAGUGGAGGUGAAGAUAGAAGUACCUGAAAAGGCGUCCACGAGUCUCUUGAGUGAGACAGCCUACCGUCAAACUGAGUCAGAAUCUAGUCAAGAAGAAGACGACAAUACAUGUGAUAUCUGCGAGAAACAGUUCUCGUAUCGACGACUGCUCCUACAUCACAAGAGAACGAAACACAACAUGAGCUCGGGCCAUAAGCGCGCCAACAUCUACCUCAAAGACUGCUCCGUUCGAUGCCUCAUUUGCGACCUCGACAUGAAAGUCGGCGAUAUCAACGCGCACAACCGAACCCACAUUUCAAAGAACAUGAAGCCUCGUAACUUGUACACGUGCGCCGAAUGCGAGGAUACUUUCAAGAGUUGUUCAGCUCUGGGCAAUCAUAUAAAACUAAUACACAGACUAAAGCAGCAGCCUAUAGAGAAAGAGCCGGUAAAUCCGUCGGAUUUUUGUGAAGUCGUUGUGGCAAAAGCGGAACCCCUGGACUGGAUCCAGAGUCACAACGACUUUGGUGAGGUUCCGGGCGCUGAGAACAAGCCGCUGGUUGACCUUAGUGGCUUUACGUGUCCUAUAUGUGCUAAGAAGAUGCCCACACUGAUAUCGUUGAAGAGGCACGUCAACUGGCACUCGAGUGUCGGCAACAAUAUUCAGAAGAAGUACGAGUGCGUCGUUUGUAACGAGUCAUUCAGGUUCCAGUGCCACUACAAGAUCCACAUGCGCGAGCACUACCACGACACGAACCUGGACCCGAAGCACCUGACGUGCAACAUCUGCGGGCGCCGCAGCAAGCACCUGCGGGCCGCGCAGGCGCACAUGACUUACCACAAGCAGAUGCGAUUCCAGAACAAGGACUACCAGUGUUCCAUCUGCGAGCGAGUCUUCCAGUUCAGGAAAGUAUACCUCUCCCACAUGGCCAUACACUACAAGAAAGGUGACAGCGCCCAGAACACCAUCGUCGGCGACGUCUUACCUAGCACCGUGGACAAAAACGUGUUCGAUGGUUCCCACACCUGUCACCACUGCGGCAAAGUGUGCGACUCCGAGAUCUCUCUCAAACAUCAUUUGAUCUGGCACACUUCCAAAACGUUCCUGUAUGGCGCUCGACACGAGUGCAGUAUCUGCAAAGUGAAGUUUACAAACAAAAGGAGGUUGGACCUACACAUCCGAGCGCACUACGAAGAUGAUAACGGUCCUUUUAAAUGUACUAUCUGCGGAAAAGGCUACACGCAUGAAGGUUACUUCCAAAAACACGUGAAAGGACAUAACUUUGAUCACCAAUCGCACAAGAAACGAAUAGAAAGAAUCAGAAAGGACAAAGUGAAAUGUCCAAUAUGUACGCGGUAUUAUCCAGACUUGGUCAAACUUAUCCGCCACUUGAGGCGGACGCACCCUGAGAGUAAAAUGAUCAAGCCUGACCCCGACGCUCCGUCACCACUUUAUUACUCUUGCAAAUUGUGCGCCAAAGUGUUCUUAGAUGAACGACGAUUGCAAUCUCACGAGGAAGCUCACCUGAGAAAGCCAGAAUUCUUUAAAUGUAAGUUCUGUGGUAAGAAAACCAUAUCGCUUAGAAAUCACCAUCUCCACAUAAAGAGCCACUUGGCGCAGAAACAUUUAGACAACCCGCUCAAGUGUCCGCACUGUGACGAGACGUUCGUGAAGGGCUACGGGCUCCACCACCACUUGCGGGACGUGCACAAUAUCAUAGAGAAUUGGAUCGCGGACCGCACUGAGCAGCCUUUGACAGGGCCGCUCAAAGACCUCCAGUGCUCCAUAUGUAUGAAAGUCCUCGCUAGUAAAGGAAACUACGAGCGGCACAUUGACUACCAUAACUCGCUAAGAUGUAACUAUUGCUUUGAUUACUUCAGCUCUCUCCGAUUCUUGGAGGGACAUCUGACGUUCUCGUGUGAAAAGAAAAAGCUUUUAGGUGAUACUGAGGUUUACCCAAAGAAAGUAAAAUGUCACAUUUGUUACAAAGCAUUCCACGUACAAGUGAAGUUAGACUGUCACUUGCGCACGCAGCACGGGAUUGUGGUAAAGAGGGAAAUGUCUGCAGGCAAGCAAGAAAUCGUGUGUGAUUAUUGCUUUAGAGUUUUCGAAAAUGAGUACGCUCUAAGCACUCACAAGAUAUACCAUCGAACUGUUGGAUACUACGGCUGUAUAUACUGCCCGAGGAAGUUCAGCACCAUGGUGAUGUACCGGAAACAUAAGAACCACCAUCUCUAUCAGCUUAAUGUGGACAAUCCAACCAAAUGCGAACACUGUGACGAGACAUUCGUAGCGUUCAAGGAAAUGAUAAACCACAUGAAAGAAGUACACGGCGACGAUAAGGACUGGGUGAUAGAACCCAAGGAGUCCAUCGAAGAAACCUGUCACAUCUGCAACAAGAGAUUCUAUAACCUGCACAAACAUUUGGCUUACCAUGAAGAAAAUAGGUGCAAGAAAUGCAAUGAAUAUUUCUACUCGAGAGGGGAUUUCGAUAACCAUUUAUGCGCCAUUGAAAGUGAUGACGAAGGCACUGAAUACGUUGGUAACAAAGACACAUUCCAGUAUGAAGAAUGCAAAUUCUGCUUUAAACCUAUUACCAAGAAAAGUACUAAACGAUUGCACGAUCAGAUACACAAAGGAUCAGGUUCUAUAUCUUGUAGGUUCUGUCCACUCAAGUUUAAAACUAUGGACGCAUUCAAUAUACACGCUUUCUCUCAUCGAAGUAGAAAAUAUAAUAAGAAACCGAUCAAGUGUCGAAAAUGUGGCGAGAAGUUUGUUAAAUAUGGACCGUUCAUGAGACACAUGAAACUAGUUCACAAGACUAUGAAGAAGCUGCACUACAGGACUGUAGUGAAGCCGGAGAAAUGCGUGGUCUGUGGGGAAGAUUUCCCGAACUUGCACAAUCAUUACCGCGCGCACUUGCUGAACCAGUGCCAAGGGUGUCUCAAAUACUUUACGUCGUACAAGGUUAUAUCUGCACAUGAAUGCAAUAAGGAGGACAUAGACCCGUCUAAAGUGUUUACGUGUGACGCUAACUUGACUCAGCUGAUAAAUACAUAUGUUCCUAAGGAUGAGAAGGAUGAUGAGAAGUACUACGGUCAUACGGAUGACGAAGAAGAUGACGUCAAUCUACAGUCGCUGGGAGAGGAAGAAGAAAGUCAGGAAAGUAAGAACAUCCCAAUGAUCCAGUCGCCUAUAAUAUCGGAUGUUCUAUCGCUGUACAACAAGGAGGCAGAGACAAUGGACAGCGUCGAUAGCGCGGACGAUACUAAUGCUAAUGUGGUCAAUCUAUCGGACGAUGACGGAGUAAGUGUCGAUGACACUCUGAUUCCAGUCAUUGUUGUUUUAGAUGAGGAUUAGAUGGGACCGGUUACUAAUGUCUAGUACUUUCAAUGACAGGGGUUUGUACACAAAAAAUAAUUUGAUCAAGUAAAAUUACGUACGUAGGUAUUCUACAGAUAGCUCCACUACUACCUACCCCAUCGAGGAUUAAAGUUAAUAACUAAUAGGUAAUAUUAAUUUAUAGUAUUAUCAAUGUAUGACCAAGAAAAUGCAACAAUAUUGUAUUAGCAAAUAUUCGCUGUAUUAAAUUGGUGCGCGAGUUGCAACCACAGGCAUUUAUCGAAUACUUAAAUAGUAUAAAUUAUUAUUUAGACUGAAAUAAAUGGUGAGUGAAUGGUGCAUAGAAUUAAUGAUGUGUAUGAAACUGUUUUAAAGUUGUAUUUAAAUGGCCGUGAGCAAAAAAUUGUUUGUGCUGCCAAAAAUCAUCUAUAUAGAUACUUCCUUUUCUUUGUCACAAACUGUGAAUGUGGUUGCUAUUGCGAUGAUUUGUCUGCUUCAUCUUGUGUGCAAUCUAAAAUUGCUUACACUACUAAAAUGUCCGGUCUAAGAGAUUUGAGCGGCUGUGGUGGAUAUUAUGUUAGUUCGUAUGAGUGAUGGUGAAUUGUGAUUUUAGUUUGUACGAAAAUUAAGCAAGUUAUAUGAUUUCUAUUAGAUUUUUUUAGGUCACAAAUGUUCUUCCUAACAAUAGUUGUUGUACAACCUACAUUAUGGGUAGGUUAUACAAUAUUAAUUUUCUUAAUAAUUAUAAACAUACAAAAGGCGCUACUUUUAGCUUUAUAGAGAGAGAAAGAGAUUAAGAGUGAGCAAAGAAAAAAAUAUAGAAGUUUGCAGGGAAAAAGCGAUUGAAAAGUGAGUGAGCUACAAACACAAGUAGCGCCUGUUUAACAGUUCUGAAGUCAUUCUUUAUUUUAUUUUUUUAACUAGUUAUCAUUUUGUUAAACUAUACAUACAUAAUAUGAACAGAUCAAGACUUGAACUAUUAUCAGAUUUAUUGAAAAGUAAAUUCUCUCUACAGUAAAAUUUAUCAGGAAAUUAUGUUUUAGGUGAUUGUAGAAGAUCUGUAAGUUGGUAAGAGUCAGUAAAUCUAUAAAAAAUAAUUGUUUUUGAAUCAACAAUGAAAUGUUGAUUAUAUUUUUGUGAAAUUCGUUGUGAAUAAUACUUUAAUGUAGGUUUGUGUGCACUCCAUGGUCGUUUUCAAUUUAAAAAUUGUAUAUCGUAAGGGUCAGUACCUCUACCAUGAGUUUGAAGCAAUAGUAUUUGUCGAUAGUCGCUAGCGAUGAUGUGUCAAAUUUAACAACGCCUCUACCGGUCACUUAUGGAAGUAAAAUUUUCCAUACAAAAAAAUUACGUUGUCGCUAGCGACUAUCGACAAGUGCUCUUGCAUCAAAUUCAUGGUAGAGGUAUUGAUCACAUUUUGUAUAGUUUGUACUGGGAAAAAGUAGUCUUAGCUCAGAAUCCUAGCAAUGGCAUUAUUUCAUCGCAUGUGAUAUAAAACUUCUAAACUUGAAAACGCCUGGAGUGGUAAUGAAUAGCUUUGUAGGUGUGGUCUUGAGUCAACAUAGAAUAAGGUCCGAGAGAGGGCACAAGUACUAUCAACAUUUUCCUACUUUAUCUAGUACCUAUUUGUAAUUCUCAGUGGCGAAUGAGCAAAAAUAUAUUAUGUCAUUUGAGAAUAGGUAAUUUAGUAGGCGUUAUUAUAAUCAUGAAGUUGGGUAAAAUAUUAAUAUAUCCUAAAAUUCAGCGUGUUUGAUAGUACAUUUUCUGUAUUUGAGAGUUGCUGUUUAUAGGUCUUGAUGAGUGUAUAUUUCCUAAAAAUUGGGCAUUUAAAUCUAUUUAUAACUAGAAUUGGUGAAGUUGCUAUUUUGUGUAGUCGGUAGUAAUGAAAGUUGAAAUACAUAAAUAUAUACUCCAUACUUUUUAUUCAAUUCAGUAAAAUUACAGUUUGAAAUGUGGAAUAAUGACAGUUGAAGUAUAAGUACGUAUUAAAGUCGACAUUUAUUAUAAAACUCAUCAUUAUUGAGAGAACCAAUUAUGCAUUUAUCUUCUUUUUUUCUUUAAAUUUUAUGGUAUUAAUAAUGGGUAUUAUUUGUGUCCAUUUACAUUUAUUUCGAUUAGUCGAAGCCUAUUAGUUUGAGUAUAGUGUCAUUAUUUUACUGAAUAGAAUAAAAAUAUGAGUCUAUUACAUUAAAAAGAUUACUUUAUGUUUAGUGCCAUCUAAGAUGUUAUUUUCUUCAAAACAAUAUUAUGACUAUAUUAUUUGUGAUUUUGUACAACAAUGUACAUAAGUCUACUGAGCACACUAGACUAGAUUUCCAUGAGUCUCAUUACUUAUAUUCGCGUUACUAUAGUUCUUAAAACAAUAUACUUUAUACUCCAUUUUAAAUAACAUUAACAAACCUUUUAUUAACAGUUAAGCCAAGCAAUUUUGAAUUCUAUUGCAUCCACGAAAUUGUAGCGCAAUUAUAUAUUUGUUUCCAAAGGCUUUGGCUUAUGGAAUAGGGUUCAAAAUCAUUUGACUAAGUUGUAAAUAGAGUAUUUGUUGUUUCCUAAGUUAAAUUAGCAGUCUGUACAUAAUUACAUAAAUGUUUCAAGUUUGUAUGUAAAAGGCAUGUUAGUACCAGGAUAGUAUAACUUAUUAGAUACAAGGAGUGUAGGAAAUCAUGACAGAUUAUAAAGUUCAGUGAUUUUAUAACUUGCCCAAAUACUGUUAGCAGCUAGGAAUUUAGCUCUGGUAGAUUAUUAGCAGAGAUAGGUAAAUGCAAUAAUGUUUACUUACUAUUGUUUUGUUAAAUAAAACUUUUUUUUAUUGAAAUACAAUGCUAGUAAGAAAUAGUGUAUUUUUCAAAGUUUUCAAAUUAGCCAAAGGAGUGGAUGUAUUGUAUACAUUAGAUGGUAAUCGUAGAUUUAAGAGUAUUGCUAAGUUCAGUCAACAACAUCUAUGAUCAGUUAAUUAUAAGAUUAAAAUGUUUAUUCCAACUGUAUGUUAUAAAGAGGUUACUUUUAUUUCUGGUUACUUUUUUUAUUUUAUUUUUAAUUGUGAAAAAAUUUUUCUCCAUUAUUUUUCUGUGUCAAACGUGGAUUGUUUAUGAUGGACGAAAUAAAAUGAUCAUUUGAAAUUUUAA